UCUUAAGCGAACCCGUGUGACGGCAGCACCCUUGCCAGUUGUAUUAAGGCUAUACGGCCCAGAAGAACCAAGCUGAAGAGAACAUUAAUGGUGCAAAGGCAUUUAUGGGCCAGAGAUUGGAGAAGAUAGGGCAAAGAUGUGGACUGCUAUGGCUAAAUACUUGCUAAGGAUCAAAGUCCAUCAAGACUAUCUUCAUACUCUGCUGCAAACACAGAAGGGCAAAAGCAUUCAUCAAAAGCAUUUCUCCCUGAGUAGGAGGCCUUGGCAACAUUCAGCUGGGACAGCACAGGCUGUUCAGACCUUCAACGCAGGUGCACCCAUCCGGAAAGUGGAAGCUCUGGAUAAGAACCAGUUUGUCUGUGUUCAUUGGGAAGACGGGAGUCAGAGCCUUUAUCCUUCUGUGUGGCUACGAGACAAUUGCCAGUGCCCUGACUGCUUUUUGCACUCUGCUAAGGCCCGUAAAUUACUACUUGAAAAUCUGGAUGUCAAUAUUGAGGCAAAAGAUGUCACUUUGACAGAACAAAAAAAGGUAUACAUUAUAUGGCCAGACAACCACACCAGUGAAUUUGAGGCUGAAUGGUUGAAGAAGAGAUGUUUUUCUGAGCAAGCGAGAGCAAAAAUACAAGAAGAAUUAUUUCUAUCAGAACGCCAGUACUGGGGUUCUGAUCUACAGCUCCCAACUAUGACCUUUGAUGAGGUUUUAUACUGUGAUGAAAGUGCAUACAAGUGGUUGGUCACCCUUAAAAAGGUGGGAAUUGUGCUGCUCACAGGUGCUGCUAUUAGACAGGGAGAACUGCUUAAACUUGGACAACGGAUUGGUUUCCUUCGCCUUACAUUUUAUGGUCCUACUUGGCAAGUACAAGACAAAAUGGAUGCUAACAAUGUGGCUUAUACAACUGAAAAGCUAAGCUUUCACACCGAUUAUCCUGUUCUACAACAUCCACCUGGGAUUCAGUUCCUGCACUGUAUAAAACAAACACCAACUGGAGGGGAGAGUGAAGUUGUAGAUGGCUUUCAUGUAGCAAACAAGCUUAAGGAGCAGAAUCCUCAGGCGUUCCAGAUCCUGACCUCCACCCUUGUUGAUUUCACAGACACUGGGGCAGAUUACUGUGAUUUCUCCGUGCAGGCCAAGCAAAGAAUUCUAGACAUAGAUGGCAAGGGCCAGGUGGUCCGUAUCAACUUUAAUAAUGCAACCAGAGACACAAUAUUGGACAUUCCUGCUGAAAAAGUGAAGCCAUUUUAUGCUGCUCUCAAGGAUUUUGUUAAUUUGCUAAAUUGUUUGGAGAAUAAGUAUACCUACAAGAUGAAACCGGGUGAAAUAGUGGUAUUUGACAACUGGCGUUUACUGCAUGGACGACAGAGUUACCAGGCAGGAACAGAAAUAUCCCGUCACCUUGAAGGAGCCUAUGCAGACUGGGAUGUGGUACUGUCAAGACUACGAAUCCUACAGAAGAACGUCCUGAAGAGGAUGUAAACUUUGAAGGCUGGGCUAAUAGGGAAUCGUGCCUCUGCACAAGUGACAGAGUAGUCCAGAUAGCCUGUUCCCAGAGGAUAAUGAUCUCGUGCGCUUCCAGACUGCCUGCAGUAAGGUCCCAGUUGACAACGCUCUAGGUAGUCUAUUAGAACCCUGGCUGAUCUCUGGUACGGGAUUAACUGGGCCUCUGCGGUUGACAUGAAUGUUGAUACCAGUGUUCAUCAUUAUGUGAUUUGGAAAAUGAAUUUGGCCAGCUUGUAUGGUUCAGAUACGUUACAAGUCAGCUUGGAAUACAGAAUGAGAUUCUGCACAUUUAUGUUCAGUGUUCAGCAAACCACACCCCCAAAAGCCAGUUUCUUUUCAACUUCAUGCAUAAAAGUUAUUGAAUAUCAAGCCAUUAUUCUCAAAAAAACUUUUGUCAAUCACUAUGAAACUAUGUGAGCCACAUACCUAGCUGAUUUGUAGGUGCAUGCUUAGAAGUCUUUUUUAAAUGGCAGCACUUUACCUAUAAUGAAACUAUCAUGGAUUCCUGUAAAACUACAUAUCCAGCUGCUUUGCAAUUACAUGCACUGAAAUUCUAUUUAGUUAACCCCUUACUUUCACUGAAGCGCUCAUCGAUCGCUGUGAACUGCAUGAUCGUGGUUGCCUGUGUGGUGAGUAGCUUCUCAGAGUCACUCCUCUCAGACAUCUCUUGCAAAAAUUCUGGGACUACUGUUCCCCACCCAGAUCUAUAAUUCUUUUGUUCCUAGGAGUGUUGGGGGUAGCGGUUGAGUUUCCAAGUGGCUCUCUGCCAUGUCUGGUGCUGGGAAAUAUAAUUGAUUUGGGGCAGUGUGUUAGCAUGCAUGCACCAACCUUAUGAGCUGGGGAAGGAUUCUUGGAAAGCAGGCAAACAUUCUCUGAAAACAUUCUCCUCAUUAGUUAACACAGUUAGCAACUAGACACUUUCUUCAUUGAUUAAAGCUCAGGCAGCUCUCAGGUUUUCUGGAGCAUUGAGGGCAAUGAAACAGCAGGAGGAAACAGCUAGAGAAUAGAUGUGUUGGAUGAUUUGCAACAAUUUAGAACAUUCACCGCUUAGUGCCUUCUCAAAGUCAUGUGAUAUGGAGGUGAUGGUAGCAAAGCAACAGCAUGAGUUUAUGGGUUUCCUUGGUAGGAGUACCUCAGUGGAAUCGUGAUAUCUGCUGGGUCAGAUUGCUGCUGAACCUGUAGAAGUAGACCAAAGCCAUUUGGUUUCACUGGGCCUUUGAAGGAUAACAAUCUUUCUGGUAUUCUGACUCUGCUGACAGUUUUUAUUCUUCUGUAAUGCUUUUUGAUUUGAUUGUGUCCUUAGAAUGAUUAAGAUUUUUAACCUGAAUUAUUUUGCAUAUUGGGAUUUGACGUUUGUGGGCAUGUUGUGGAAGGAAUGGCAGGCUGAAGAUGAUUAUGUUGAAAACAGCAACACUAUUACAACCUCUGCUCAGGUUUUAAAGUAGUCAUCAUUGGGUCUUUGCACUGCUAUGCUAGAUUUCCAGCAACACGUGUUGUCUUCUAACCGAAAGACAAAGAAGUCUGAAGCCCAUACAGAUAUGACGUUUAAAAAUUGUUUAGUGUGUAAAAGGUAUAGCAUGGUACAGCCAGGAAUAACCCAGACCACAGUGAACAUAUCUUACAUAUUCUUCUGAAAUAGGCCUGGAAUCUGCCAUAAAACAGCAGAUUGUAGCGGUAGCACAGAAUUGCACUGUAAAGCCAAGUAAAGAAUUCUCUAUAAUAAAGUUGGGAUGCAUUUGCACAUUUAUGUGGUGUCUUGGAGAUUAUGUGAUACUUUUGUUAUAAAUUAUAUUCCCAUUUAUUUAUGUUUCAGAGUUGUAGUAUCACACUCAGCACUUCCUCAAAAUACUAUGGAAUUACAGAGUCUGAUUUGUUUCGAUCAUGUGCCAAAUCUUAUUUAUUUGCUUCUUCAUUUAUACCCCCUUUUUUCUCCCCAGUGGAGACCCAAAGUGGCUUACACCCUUCUCUCCUCUGUUUUAUCCUCAUGACAUCUCUGACAAUAUGCAGUUAGCUGAGUAUCACCCAGC